AUGAAAUUUGCUGAGAUAGCUUAUCUCUCCAACCAUGAUGUAGAUGUGCCUGUCCAAAAUCGUGAACGGGUCACUGGCCAUGUCAUCAUUGAUGGGCUAGGCCUCAAGAUGAUCAACCCCAACGAGUUCCCAGAGGCUCAGGAGUUAGAGUCUUCGGAUCUCAAGGAUCAAGACGUCAAGUCGUUCCGCAGACUGUACCCUACAUAUCAGGGAAAGCACGUGUGUAUUACCACGGAUCCAUCUAACCGAAGACAAAUGAUGUUCACUGUAAGAACAGAAGCUGAACAGAAGAUGAACAGAUAA